UUCCUCAUGAAGAGUACCUCAUUUGGGAGUAUACACUUCAUCAAUGGGACAAUAACGCAAAGGACCAGCUAAGUGAAGUCAUCAUGUCUUCUCGUCCAAUCACAAUACUUUUAUCCAGUGGGGGACCAAUAACCAACUACAACGGGGUUAAGACCCAUGACACCGCCCCUUGCCUCCGUCCCAAGCACCUCAAGGAUGAGGACAUGGAGUCAGGCCUCGGAUCCACUGUAGACCUCAUCUCAAGCUGGGAGGGGUACAGCCAGGGGGACCACCCACCCUCACCCACCUCCUCCAAAGUCAGGGAGGGGAAAAGCCCCCCCAAAGAGCAAGCCAACACCUCUGACAUGGAGGUCAUACCCAACAAGGGGAGAGUACUCUUCAUCAACCUCUCCAAGAUCCCUCUCCUCCUCCUCCUCCUCUUCUUUUUCGUCUGUUCUUUAGACACACUGAGUUCAGCAUUCCAGCUGGCUGGGGGGAAGGUAGCGGGAGACAUUUUCAAGGACAACGUGGUGCUGUCUAACCCGGUAGCAGGGCUGGUGGUGGGCAUACUGGUCACGGUACUGGUCCAGAGUUCCUCCACAUCCACCUCCAUUAUCGUCAGCCUGGUGUCCUCUGGGUUGCUGGAGGUGCGGUCCGCUGUCCCCAUAAUCAUGGGGUCCAACAUUGGGACGUCGGUCACCAACACCAUUGUUGCCCUGAUGCAAGCAGGGGAGAGGAAUGAAUUUAAACGGGCGUUUGCUGGGGCCACCAUUCACGACUGUUUCAACUGGCUGUCUGUGCUGGUGCUGCUGCCCCUGGAGGUGGCCACUGGGCUGAUGACCCGGCUGGCCAAGGUCAUAGUCUCCAGCUUCAACAUCCAGAGUGGAGAGGAUGCACCCGAGCUUCUGAAGGUCAUCACUGAACCAGUCACCAAACUUAUCAUACAGCUGGAUAAGCGUGUGAUCACCAGCAUUGCAAUGGGCGAUGAGAGCAUGCGGAACAGAAGCCUGGUGAAACACUGGUGCCACUCCGACUUAGUUACGUCCUCUGGGAAUGUCAGCAUUAUUGGUCCAGUGAACUGUAGCUCCACCCACCCAUGCUGGCAGGAAGGUGACAUCACAUGGACCACUCAGAAUCUCACCUCAGAAAUCAACUUCCAGAAAUGCAGGCAUUUGUUUGUAGAUGCCCAUCUGUCUGACCUGACUGUGGGGCUGAUCCUCCUUGCUGGCUCCCUUGCCUUGCUCUGUACCUGCCUGGUGCUCCUGGUCAAGCUGCUCAACUCUCUCCUCCAAGGUCAAGUGGCAAAGGUUAUCCAGAAGGUCAUCAACACAGACUUGCCAUAUCCAUUUGGCUGGCUGGCGGGCUAUCUGGCCAUGUUUGUGGGAGCAGGGAUGACCUUCGUAGUCCAGAGUAGCUCUGUCUUCACCUCCGCCCUGACACCACUUAUAGGUAUUGGCGUGAUCAGCCUGGAGAGGGCCUACCCUCUGACACUGGGUUCCAACAUAGGCACUACAACCACAGCCCUUUUGGCAGCUCUGGCCAGCCCUGGGGACAAACUGGAGGCAGCCAUACAGAUUGCUCUGUGUCACUUCUUCUUCAACAUCCUGGGAAUUCUGCUGUGGUACCCCAUUCCUGUGACCCGUCUCCCAGUCCGCAUGGCUCGGGCCUUGGGUGAACGCACCUCUAAGUACCGCUGGUUUGCCGUUCUCUACCUCCUCGUUUGCUUCCUGCUUCUCCCCUCCCUGGUCCUAGGCCUCUCAUUGGCUGGCUGGAGGGUGAUGUUGGGUGUGGGAGCACCGUUUGUUGGGGUGACUGUUUUCAUUGCCAUGGUGAACCUGUUGCAGGCCCACAGUCCAGGACAUCUGCCUACCCGUCUCCAGAGUUGGGACUUCCUUCCCCGCUGGAUGCGUUCCCUUAAACCCCUCGACAGGGUCAUCACCAAGGCAACCAGCUGCUGCAGCCCAGGCCAUGCAACCGGAGAUGACCAGGCGGCGCCCAUCACCGCGGUAACAAGCCCUCCUGACACGCAGACGGUGACGGCCCAGAGGAAGGCCGAGCUGGCGUAUGAUAAUCCUGUCCUACAGUACUUGGACGAGACUAAGCCAGGUGUAACUGUAUUUAAACUGAAGGGUCUUGAGAGGUGCAACAGCACACCUCUCUAGUGGAGUGGCCUGACAGGGUCUUAUGUUCCACUGGUGGUCUCCAAAACGCUGAUUGCUAACUUUUGUUUGCUGGCCAAAGAUUUCUGAAAGUUCAUGCAAUUUCAUGUGUUCCACUGCAAACGGUCAUAAUCUUCUUAAACAUGAAUGAUAAGGUCAAUGCUAAAAAUAACCCUGUUUAUAUAGACUCAGGAGUGCACUGCUCUGGCCUCUGAUGGGCCACAGAGCUCUGGUCUCCAGGGGCCACAGAAUGUUCUAGUCCUAUUAAUCUAGAAAUUAUUUCUGCCAGGCAGGUGUGUGGUCCAUGAUAAAAUGCAUCAAUUAAGUCCAGGGAGAUGCAAAGCCAAGCAAGAAAACGUACAGGACCAUGAAUCCCAUAGACCACAAAGCCUGUAGACCACGAAGCCCAUAGACCAUGAAACCCAUAGACCACAAAACCCCUAGACCACAAAGCCUGUAGACCAUGAAGCCCAUAGUUCCACAAAGCCAGUAGACUACAAAGCCCAUAGACCACAAAACCCCUAGACCACAAAGUCUGUAGACUACAAAGCCCAUAGACCACAAAACCUGUAGACUACAAAGCCCAUAGACCACCAACCCCUAGACCACAAAGCCUGUAGACUACAAAGCCCAUAGACCACAAAGCCUGUAUAUUAAAAAGCCCAUUGACCACAAAAUCCCUACACUACAAAGCCUGUAGACUACAAAGCCCAAAGACCACAAACCUCCUAGACCAAAAAGCCUGUAGACUACAAGACCAUACACCACAAAACCCCUAGACCACAAAGCCUGUAGACCACGAAGUCCCAAGACCACAAAGAUCCAAGACCACACAGGCCACCUAUGACGUUCAUCAUGUAAACACGAUACCCUGUUUUAUUUCAGCAUAAGGUCAAAAUUAAAGUCAGCAUACCCUGGUUUUCUGAGCUUUUUCAGAAAUUAUUAUACAUAUAAACUUCAGUCAGCGUUCUGGAAAUGUUAUCUGCAAGAGAGACUCCCUCUUAACUAGGAAUGAAGUAAGUUAGGAACACUUUUAUUCCGAUAUGAAUGUUCCACAUAUCCAUUAAAAAUCAAAAGGUAUUUAAAAAAAAAAAAAGUUUAAAGUUGAUUUUGAUUAAUGAUUUUACACUUCCUAUCAGGUAGGCUGAUGAUUAUUAGAAAUACAUUUAAUUUUGUUCAUUUCACAAAUUUUUGUCAAAACUUCCAUUAAUCUAUGAAACACAGUAUUGUCUGCCUGUAACAGUGCCCAUAGUUCUCUAAUCAAGGAGUGAUACCUGGAACACACCGAGUGUGAGCAAUUCAUUAUUAGAUCAAACACCAAGGGAACAGGAUCUGACCUUGUGGGGAAGGUCUGGAUUACAUCCAAAAGUGAGUAAUAAAUAUUGCUGCUUUUAUUAAAGGCCAUGUCUUAUUAACAUCUGCAGCUUUUACAGUGGAUGGUAAUCUCUGCAAACAUUGCCUUUAAAACCUGCAAUGCCAAUAACUUGCUUUGGAAAUGACUCCAGGCCAGAGUUGAAUACCCUUUCCCCUAGACUUUAGGGUCAAUGUGAUCAUGCUGAGAGUGUUAUUGGGAAAGGUGGUCACACAAAGCACACUCAAGUGUUUUGAAAGAUCAGAAGGGUAACUAGUUUAUGUUUUAUGUCAGGGGGUUUAGGUGUUUAUUUCUUGAGAAUGGUACUGACUCAAUAAGGUGCAAAUUACAUCAAACCUCUCUUCAAGUUGGUUCAAAAACUCAUCCACUGAGAGAAAAGAGUGAGUCAGAAAGAUUAAGGACAGGGCAGAAGUUUGCAAAGUUUCCUGAGUUAGAGGAAGAGACUUGACAUUUUGAGUGAUAGAAACUGGAUUUAGCAGGUAGAGAUUAAGACGAGGAGGGAGUGAAAAGAUGAUAGGUCAUCAGGAGGUUUUGUUUCCCUCCAUUUCCGCUCUGCUGCCAGCAGCCUUGUCCACUGAGCUUCCAACGAGUCACUUAGCCACGGAGCAGGAUUGAAGGGCCAAGCCAGUUGGGAGGAAAGGGGACAGUGAGAGUCAUUUGAUGUGGAGAGGUAGGAGAGUAGGGCCAAAGAGGCAGAAUCAGGAGACAAAUGGGAGCAGGUUUCGGCAGAUGGGAGAGAUGAAAGGAUAAAAAUGAGAGAGUAGAAACAGAGAGACAACAAAGAUCGUAAAGAUGCAUGGUUGUCUGUGUAGAGGCUGAGUGUUUAGGGUGAAGCUGAGAGGUGCCAAAGUAUUGAUCAGAUGCCUGGAGGGGAGUUACAGCAAGAUUAGUUGACAAACAGAAUCUAAGAUAAGGUCAAGUAGAUUGUCGGCCUUGGGAGUCAGGGUGUGGAAAUGGGUGAGGUGAAAAGUGUUAAGGAUUGGAAAGAACGAGGGAAGAUACUAUGAAGGAUAAUCAAACAAAGAUGUUGGACAUUUGAAGUCAGUCAGUAAUUUGAGUAGUAGGGAAAUUAGUUUAUUUAAAAUGUUAAGGUCCUUAAGGAGGUCUCACUUGAUAUUAAUAUAACAUUUUUCACUUGAGAUUAAUAGCACAGUGCCAUCACCAGGAGCAUGUGAAAAUACCCUGAGCAGCUGUGUCUUCUGUGUUUAUCCAUGUCUCUGUCAUGGCCAAAAAGGGACAGAAAGGACAGCAUAGGCUGAGAUGAACUGUGUGGACCAAGGACCUUAGAUUUGAGGGGUAAACUCAGAGCGGGGUGGAUCUGUUAAAACUGACAAGGCUACAAAAUGUGAAUAUAGAAACAGUUUAAACCAGACAAUAUUCUCAGAUAGGUGUUCAUAGAUUGUGUGUGAUCAUUCCUCAGGUCAAUAAAACCUUUGCAUACA